UUUGGGCAUUGACAAGGUGCUUUUACUGCCAGAUAUUUACCCCAUUUGGUGCUAUUGAAGACAUUUACAUUGUCCGAGAUGAAUUCAAGCGAAACCGUGGAUGCGCAUUUGUUCAAUUUUCUUGUCGAGAUAUGGCAAUUGCUGCAAUGACGGCAUUACAUGGAAGAUAUAUGAUGAGAGGAUGUGAUCAGCCUUUAAUUGUUCGAUUUGCGGAUCCGAAGAAGCCAAGGGCAGGGGAUUCUAGGCCUUCAGCAUACGUAAAGGAUCAAUUUAAUGGACAUAUGCUUCCUAAUGAAAUCCGUCCAGUCGAGUCUCCACAAAUUGGACGCAAGCCCCCAGCAGACUCAAGCACCUGCAGUGCAUCUGCUGCCCACGAAACAAAUUCAAGUAGUGAGAUGACACAUUCGAUAGACUGUGACUGGAGUGAGCAUGUGUGUCCUGAUGGACAUCUGUACUAUUAUAAUUGUGUAACAUGUGAGAGCAGAUGGGAGAUGCCGGAGGAAUAUGCACAUUAUGAACAAGAACUAGAAAAACUGGAGGAGCAGCAGCAGCAAGAAUCAAAGUCGCAGGUCCUUUCUUCCCCAGAGGAACUUAAUCAAGCGCAUGAACAAGCAACAACAAUUCCAGCAUUUGAGCCGGCGAUUAUGUGAAUGGUGCGGUCUUGCAUUGCUUUUGAGUUAAUUUGACUGUAAUAUUGGCGGGACUAGGUUUUUCAGCUGACCUAUUCAAGGUUUUGUAAUUAUCUUUUCCAUUUGACCUCAAAUUCCUAUUAUGUUUUCAGGGGCUUAGUUUGAUUAAUAGUUUUUCAAUGUUUAGUUGUUUUA